GUCUUCGACAUAGAAACGUUUGAACAUUUUAUAAUUGAUUACGUUAUACUUUCAAGCUUUUCAGCUACUCGGUCCAAUCAAUCGGUCGGUCAGGUGCUCGGAGGAGGAAGGAUUCUGACACAUUCAUAUGAAAGGAGGAAAUAUCGUAUAAUGCUGACGAUCAAAUGGAGCCUUAUAUCGGAAGAAGAGAUAUAAUGGCAGAAGAAACAAUAGACGUCAUAUCUGUGGUAGACGUGUACGACCAAGCAGCUGGGAUUGGUAAAGAAUUCGAAAAAUUAAUCGAGGGAUAUGGCGUUGAAGCAGUGACAGAUUUGAUGCCCAAAGUCAUAAAAUCUUUAGAACAAUUAGAAACACUUGCUGCUCGAUAUGAAAAAGAGACUAAUGAAAUAUCGGAUUUGAAAUUUCUGAUAGAAAAACUGGAAAUAGAGAAGAAUGAAAAGCAGCAAGAAAGACUGCGAUAUGAAGAGGAGUUGGAAAAGAUUGAGGAGGAAUGGAGAAAGGAAACAAAGGAGUUACUGACCUCUGUGUCACGGCUGCAGGAAGAUAAUCGUCGAAUGAAGGAUGCACUUAACGACCAGAAACAGAGCAUGGCUCAUGAGGUUGCCCAGGUUACAAAAAUAACUGAAGAGAAAGAGAUAGAAGUGCUAAUAAAAUUAAAAGACACAGUUGACAAACAACGAGAAGAAUUAAGAAAAACAAAGCAGGAACUAAAAGAGAGGGCAGUUGAUUGUGAAGCACUGGAAUCACAACUGGAACAGAUAGUGAGAGUUAAUUCUGAAUUAAGAAGGAAGAACAAUACCCACAAAAAGCAAACAAAAAAUUUACUUGAGGAAAAAGUUGACCUAGAGACUCAAUUAGCUGACAAGGAACAGCAGAUAACACAUAUCGCUGACAUGAUCAAAGAACAGGAGGCCAUUGAAGAAGAGAAAAAAGCCAAUAAACGUGUACAAAAGUUGUCUGAGGCUAGUGCAGAGGAGGAUCAUGAUCAGGAAAACAAUUUACCUCAGGAUUUGAAUGAUGAAGUUUUGAAUGUCGAUGUUGCUUUGGGUAAUGUUGACGGUACAACACCCCUGGAACAGUUAGAGGGAGAAAAUAUGGCCGUCCUUCAACAUAAACUCAGCACUAUUGGUAAAAUGGUGAUAGAUAUGAAGGACCCCAACCGUCCACGAUUCACCCUCAAUGAACUGAGGACAGUUUUGAUGGAGAGAAACGAGCUGAAAACUAAAUUAAUAGAAGUGGAAGAGGAACUCACUGCAUUCAAACCAAAACUUGAUGCCGACUCUGCCAAUGCAUGCCUUGAAUCCUCUACUGACUCCAUGACUUUCUAUAGUGGGGAGGAAGACUUACCAGUUCAGGGACCGAUCAACAAAGAACCAGACGAUAAGCUGUACCCCGGCCUCAAACGUGAGACAGGCAUCCGUAAAUUUUUCACUGGACUGGUGGAAAAACUCAAUCUGCCUGAGUUGGACUUCUAACCAUCUUUAAUGUAAUCAUCUGUGACCUUUUAAGUUUAUGUUCGGAGGAUCAGCCAGCGAUACAAGACACAGGACAAGAAGCCACAUUCAUUGACAUCUCCUUGGGCUGGAGGACAACCAUGAACUCUUUUGUGACUUUGAUGUCAAUUUGGCAGCUACCUGGUCACAUUUCCUCGGAGAUGACCCUUCACCUGUCAAUUUAUUGGUCAGUAGCGUCUGGGAUACACCUGAUGCAUCAUGGGACCAAUGCUUGUUAUAAGUUGUGAUCAGUUUUACAUUGUUGCUGUAGAACAGGCUAUUUUUUUAGAUUUUAUAUAUUUUUAUUGUUACUGGAAGAUAUCUAGUUGUUUGGUAUUCUAAAACUGUAUGAAUGAAUCAUGUUAAAAUGUGAUACAUGUCUUAUUAGGUACUAGUAAGUUAGUACAGUAGCUAGUUAUAACUUGUUUGUAUUUAAGGUAUUAUACCCAUUAAGAAUAAUUAUGUUCAUGUCAUUCCAUAGAUUUUAAAUAGGUCACAAUCUAGAUAUUUUCUGCAAUAAAACAGCAACAAAAAAUGGAGGAGGAAACUUUGAUCCCCUCAAAGAAUACCUGUUCUACAGUAACUAUACGAUCUGAGCUGUCGUAACUAUGUUCUGACCUGUGUUGUAUACUUCACAACUAAAUCUGUAGAACCCUGCCAAACAAACUUCUAAGUUUAAGAACUGUUCUUAUAAAGAAGACUAAUUAGAAACAGCUAAAAAAUAUCAAAAAUUGUGCAGAGGGUUAAUGUUGUUCUUUGUUUUAGAGCAGGUAGGUGGUGUUAUGUCAUUUCACAUCUGAUGAAAACUGUUUUUGUAACAUAUUUGGUAACUAGAGGUGGAUAGGAUAACAUUUCACAGCUCUCACAACUCCAAAAGAGGUUGGAUGAAUAAAUGUCACGAUAUCUCAAAACUAUCUAAUGCUGAUAGAAUAUGGCAUCAAUAUACGACAUGAUAUCAGUUAUUUUCAAAUUAUGUGUAAUAUGAUGGAGAGUUACCCUGCUGAAGUAGACUACAGUGAACAACAGAUUAGCAAUGUCAAGAUACCACAGGUUACCAUAGUGAUGAAUUUAAACAGUUACCACUUAACGACCAAACCAUGCUGGAAUAUUCCAGGCUUGUGUGUGUGACACAGUGUAUGUGUGUGCAUGAUGAACAAAUGGCUAACUUUGUGUUUAUGCAUACUGUUACAGUUAUCAUUUCAUUUGUCAAUUUUUUGUUUAAUUUGGUUAUUUCUGAUCUUAUAUUAUGACAUGUUGAUAAGUGUACAUCACUUGAUAAUGUUAGUUAUAAAAUAACGAUAAGUUAAGAACUUUUUUGGAAAGACUUAGGUUAUUUGUUUUUACAGCAAGUAAAUUUAAGUCUUUAGACAGUAGUUUAACAUUGUAAUGGCAAUCAAUGUCAAAUUAUUUAUUUUAAUUGAUUUGAUAGUUUUAAGGAGAAAACGAAAAAUUGAAGAACACCAGAAAAGUACCUACAUGAUGUCUAUUGUUAUCAUAGUUGUUUUGUCAUAAAUGACAUGUAACUAUUAAGGGUAGUUUUAUUUAAUUUUAAUCAUUUCUUUACUUAGUACUUGUAAGAUGUACUGCCGUUUCUUUCACAUGUCCAUAACCUUCACAAAAUUGCAUGAAGAAUUUCUGCAAAAUCAAAACAACAAAUGCUGUCCAAACACAAAGAGUUCCCUCCCCUACAUAAGACUCUAAAAUUGAGGAGGAAAAAGUUUAUAAACAUCAUCUUCCGGCCCAGAGAUGUGAUAUGUUUGUGAUAUGAUUAUAUAUGAUAUUUAAAGGUUGUGGUUUAAAAUACUUUUCAUUUUAGCGUUUAUUUAAACCAUGGUUUCUGUUUCGAUUUUAACCAUGACAUAUGAUAAUAUUUUUUCAAUGAAUUAAGUAAUUUACUCCUAGAAUUAUAAAAUCUGUAAUGUCAGUUAUUGACACAAACUGUUAAGAAGCUGAUUUCUUCAAAAUGGAAGUUUUUUUGGUACAGCUUAUCAAAUGAUAAAUUAACUAUUGGUAACGUACAUGUAAUAGACAAAUACCACAUGCUCCAACAUACAUAGUAUGUAAGGUGAAUUAUUUGGCGAGAAAACAUAUAGUUCAAAAUGAAUAGAUUUAUUACACAACUGAUUCACUGCUCUGCUAUAUGUAAUUUACGUGUCCUAAGCUAGAUGAAUUGUAUGUGAUGAAAUCAUUAUGGCAUUACAAAGUUGUCACAUAUCGCACUAUGUCUUGGCAUUGAGCAGAUAAUUAUCUUGAAUGAAAAUUCCGCCAUCUUAUAGGGAAAUAAAUCCGAUGGUUUCAUUUUCUCAAUUAGUGUGAGUUAUGUGGAAAACAUAAUCUGAUAGUUGUGUCUCAAUUGGAUAUGUAAUAUAUCACAUGAGUUUGAUAAUUAUUAUACCACUGACCUGAAAUAAACAACAGAUCAAAUUAUUGAAUGAACACGUAAUUCCAUAAAUUCCAUACAUGGAUACUUAUGUUAGACCCUCUAUGAUAUAUCUUAAAAGUGUUGCCCAGGUUACGAUGUAUGGUAGUGUUGUAUAACCACAAAAUGGCUACCAUUGGUAUUCAGAUUUUCUAUAAUUGCAGAAAUAUCUACCACUUCCCAUGAAUUCAUCAAGAUUUUAUGACAUCUGUUUUAAAAUCAGAACAAACCUUUUUAGAAUAAAUUAUAUAACAAGUAUUACUUUAUCAAUAUGUAUCAUGAUAGAGACUACAUAUACCUAGUAAGAAAAACAAAAUCAUACAUGAAAAACAUUUCCAAUUGGCAUAUGUGAUAUAUAUCAUGUUGAAUAUGAAAGUGUUAACUGAAGUACCUAGAUUGUAUACUGUCAGACUGACACCUGUAGACUGUACAUAACAUUCAGAGAGGUGUAGCGGAAGAAAUAUGUGUGUUUUAUAGUAUGAACUGUGUUUACGUAUAAGUGCAAUCCUGAUUUAAUGAUAAUUAAUUUGUGUGCUGUGAUAUAUUUGUUGUUGUUAUGUACAGGCUGAACAUUUUUACCCAAUUUCUAUCUGUUAUUAUGUUAAAACACAAUUUCAUUUAUUAAGUGCAACCUUGUUAGUGAUGAGAUUUAGUUUUUGUAUAUAGUGAAACGUUUGUUUUCUGGAUACUGGUUUGUGUAUACAGUGGAACCUUUGUUGUCUGGAUACUGGUUUGUGUAUACAGUGAAACGUUUGUUGUCUGGAUACUGGUUUGUGUAUACAGUGAAACCUUUGUAGAAUGGACACUGGCUUGUGUGUACAGUGAAACCUUUGUAGAAUGGACACUAGUUUUUGAAUACAGUGGAACCUUUGUUGUCUAGAUACUGGUUUGUGUAUACAGUGAAACCUUUGUAGAAUGGACACUGGCUUGUGUGUACAGUGAAACCUUUGUAGAAUGGACACUAGUUUUUGAAUACAUUGGCACCUUUGUAGAAUGAACACUUUGUGUAUACAAUGGAACCUUUGUACAAUAGACACAGAAAUCUUUGGAGAUUGGACACUGGUUUGUGUAUACAGUGAAACCUUUGUAGAAUGGACACUAGUUUGUGUAUAAAGUGGAACCUUUGUAGAAUGGACACUAGUUUUUGUAUACAGUGGAACCUUUGUAGAAUGGACAUUAGUUUGUGUAUACAGUGGAACCUUUGUAGAAUGGACAAAGGAAUGUGUGUAUAGUGAAUCCUGUAUACAUUUUUAUGUUCGAACAUGUUAACGUGUACAUUAUUUCUUCCUUGUGUUGUUUUGCUAUUUCUAUUAAUUAUUGUUGUUUUGUUGCGCCUGUAACCCAGCAUUACUUCAUAAACUUUUAUUUUACCUGUUAGAGCUAAUUAUACAUUCAGAAUGAUUUUGAUUGAAAUAUUCUUUUUUAGUCUUGUUUCAAUAUACCUGAAAUAUGAUAUUUUGGAGUUAAAGAAAAUAGCCUGGACUUCGUUCUCAAGAUGGACUUGUUGAUUAAGACAUAUUCAGUUAGAAGUAUUUCAUUAUAACGCAUAUACUACGCCAUUUUCAAGAAACUUUUGUGAAACGUUAAAUCAAACUAGGCAUUUGCCAGAUUACAAGUCAGAAAAAUAAAGAUCACUGGAUAUAUAUAACAGGAGUCAUACACGGAUAAACGAGGGGAAAUAAAUAUGUAUUCAUAAAUUAUAUUGUAGCCAUGCACUAUUUACUAUGACCUAUAUUUACUGCUAUUAUAGUGAGUUUUUAUUUACAAAGUAAGAUAUUAUAUAUCCUGUAUACGAUGCAAAUGUUUUCAUUGAAGUUUACAUUACACUAUCAUUGAUAUAAUAUCUGCUAACUAUUUCAGUCAUAACCAAUAUAACCUGUAACUAUAGGUGUGUACAUUAUCCAUCGGGAAACAUUCCAUGUUCUUAGCGGCAGAUAUGUUAUAUAUGACCACCAUUGUUACAUAUUUUGUAUAAUAUUAAUGAUUCAUAGUUGCAGAAUUUUUCAUGCAUGGACGCAAAAAUUUUCAUGCAUGGACGCUGUAUAAUUAUACUCAUGAUAAUCUCCUCAUAGCAAAGGUAUAUAAGAUACAUAUAAUGCAUAUAUAAUUUAUAUGGACUGGAUUGGGAAUUGGUGCCAUUUAUCCCGCAGUACAGUAUAUAGUCUUUAUAAUCUCAUCCAGCAUAUCAGAUAAGGGUACACGGAUAUAUAUUUUGUGAUCAGAAUGUUAAAAUGUUCUGAUCAGUGUUUUAGCAGAUGAGAGUAACAUGAUCCCUAGUUAUGUUACAAAUUAUAUAAGGAUUGAGGAUGCUUAUAGAUAUCUUUAACAUUCAGGUAUAUACAUGUAUGUAAGAAUAAUUGAGAUGCCUAGGCCUACUCAAGUGGAUAUCGGUCCUUCACACAAAAUGGACCUUCACAUAAAUAAUACAACAAGGCUUACAGAGGUAUGAUAACAAAAGUAUCUCUUUAAAGCCAAUGAAUAUGACUGGGCUUAUUAUUAGUGACAGAUCCAUUGUUUGAAAAAAAAUGACAGAACUUCCAGCAAGUAACAAGUAACAGGGUACACUAUCCCGUAGACACUACAAGGUAAUAAACAACUUACGAUUGUGUGGGAUGGGAAUAAAGGAUGCAACUAUGACAACAAGUAGUGCCAAUAUAUGUUGUAGAGAGUACAUUAUAGUAGGUAUAUAUAUUGUAUAUUUAUUUAUAUACCGUAUUCGACCUAUUAAGCACACCUGCCCCUAGCAGCAUACCCCAAUAUUUUCAAGUAAAUAGAAAUUGUGCACUAAUUUGAUACAUAAAAUGUCCCUUACCUCAUUGAUUUAUAAUAUAAUAUCAAGCUUUCUAACCAAAGAUUCUAAACUGUUUUCACUACAUCAGGAUUUGUAAAUGAAUUCUUUUUAAGUGCACUCCUCAGUGUUUUUCUAUGUACACUGCGCUUUUUAGGUCGAAUACUGUUAGUAGUUCAAAUUGAUGUUACUUUAAGUUUGCCUGUUGCAUUGUAUACAUUAUAUGUACGUUAUAGUGUAUACAUUGUAAAUUACAUUAUUCAGUGCAUAAUUAUAAGUUAAUAUUUAUACAACAUGUACCAGGCAUUUUACAUAACACAUAUAUCGGUAAGAUAAUAUAAUUAUAUAUUAUCCAGUACCAGGUAUUGAUUAAUUGUUGUGUACAAGAGGUAACAUAUUUUAUAUCAAAUUUGGUCUCUUUUAAUUAGUGAUAUCGAAAAAUAUGUCGCACUUUUGUCUUGCAAGUGAAAAAGAGCCAUUUCAUUGACAGUUUAGGGAGGAAAACCUGCUUCUCAAAUUGUAUUGCAUGGUGAAGUACCUUAACAAAUAAUAUUGCAACUUGAUAACAAUUCUCUUCAUAUCAAAUCAAUAAAACUUCUUGAAUAAAUUCAAUAUGAAUGAG